AUGGCGGCGCGUCAGUGGGAGUACGACCUUCUCGGAGCUCACUGCAGAGUCGACCACCGAGAUAUCAUGAGUGCUCCCGUUCGUGGCAGAGGCCUCAGGUCAGGAUCUUAUUGCUCGGCUCCCUCGUGCGCCGUUAGUGUUAAAAUCCAGUGUCAUGGCGAUAAGCACGUGCUUGGGGGCGUGAUUGAGGAUAUCCAGAAUGUGAGUGGUCACGGAGACCUCCCGCCUUUACCUGAUAGCCCCACUGCCCAGCUCGAUCCGGGGAAGCAAGCCCUUAGGGAGCUCCUAAAGGACAGAAAGACUCAAAAGAAAAGCAAAACUUCGUGCGCCUCGUUGCUGAAGCUGUACACAACCAUCCUCGCGGGGCUCAUGAUCAUCGGGGGGCUGUUCACGCUCCUGUUCCUCGUUCCGAUGAUCAUAGACCCGGCCCUCGCCACCCUCACCUACGACUCACCGACGCCCGUGCUGUGCAUGACCACCUUCGCGGAGUGGGUGGAAGGCCUCAAGAACAUCACGUGGUUUUUCGUGCACGGAGGGAUGUACCAGCGACGUGUACAACUGUUCUCAGAUCACAACCCAGCUCACUGGGACGUGCUUAACGCCUCUUUGGUCAUUAAUGUCAAGGGCUGCGGCUACCCGCCUGUGGUUAACUGUUCCAACUUUAUGGACAAUUUCGGCGUUCCGGGGCGCAGAUUCUGGUGCUACUACAGCAAGAUGGAUCCGUACCUGGUGAUGCCCGAGUACGAUCCCCAGCAGGCAGAAAGCGAUCUCAUCCUCUCCCUGGGCUGGACAGUCGGGGCGCAGGCCCUGGGGAUCAUUAUCAUUGCGAUCCUCCACUGCCCCUACGUCGCUUUCUUCAAGAGUCUCUGGCGGAAGCGACGAACUGUCUUGCAGCCCGAGCAUCUGCUCCAUAAACCCAACUGCUACUGUUCUCUUUUCCCCCACUGUCCGCACUCAAGGCACCACAGUCACCUCACUAGUCCAAUAGUCGUAAACAUUGUUUCAAGUGCUUCGUAUUUGGACUCGCCCUUGUUUGGUUCACCGAUGAUCCCGUCGGCCAAGGGCUUGUGGCACACUUUACGUAACCGAGCAUCGAAGCACGGCUCGCUCUCCAGGCCGCCUACUCAUCGCUGGACGUCAAUAUUGAAUUUCCAGUUUACAAAAACACCAAAGCCCGAGCUUGACAACGGGUCCAGAGUGAGCACACCUGCGCAGCCAAAGCCCUUACUCUAG